AGUAAGUCGCGCCUUUUCGUGUUUUCAGCAGAGAGAACCGAGUGGACAAGAUUCGCCAAUUCGAAAAUUCCUUGAAAAGGAUAUUCCCGCUAAGGCGCUCCGCCUACUGAACCAGAUCCUUAUUCAGCAGCAGCUUUCUCGGUCAGCUGCGCGCCAUCGUCCACAUGCCGACCUCACACGAGAAGUCCGGCUCGCCGGAGCGCGCCCGGCCCUCCAAGAACGGCAGCCCAACCCAGUCCACACCGGCGACAAGGCAACCGAGCCGGCGUCGGAUGACGCGCAUAACGCGGGCCGAGCCGGGCUCGUUAUAUGACAUCAUGCAUGACCACGCCGGCACCCCCCUCUACGUCGUCCCCAUCUGUUGGACCGAUCAACACGCCCAGUUGCUGGGCGCACGGUUCCGCAAGCGCGCCACUAUCACCACGCCCGUCCCUGAACUGGUUCCCGGAGUGUGGCUUGAGCCGUCCAAGAUGGCGCAAACCCUGACAUCCGAGUUGCACACGCUUGCUCGGGAGGACGCGACACCGGCGCGAGCCUUCUGCAAGAAUCGCGCCAUCAAGCACAUCCUCUCCACUCUGUUCCCGACAACAUUAUCCCGUCCAAAAACUGGCGCCGAGCUGAACCUCUACUUCGGACAUCGUGUCUUCAAGAAGGUGGUUCGCAUCCCUUGCGUAUGGAAGAGCCCUAGCUGCACCGACACGUCCUUUGACUCGUGUCCGGCCUUACCCGCAACGUCGUUCAACGGCGUGCCAAGCAGUCCUCGCGAUGCGGGCAUGCCGAUGUUGGCCUACAUCAACAAGUCGCAACUCGCCGCGGUUCGCAAGAACCUCUACACCGUCCUCCGCGGCCCUGGGGGCUGCGCCAACGAGCCGGUCAGCAAUCUCCAGCGGCUAAGAUCCAAGAUGUUGAUACCGGCAGACCCCGAUCGCGACCGCUACAUCAUCGCCAUCCUCCUCGCCAUGGCGCAAGCACACUUUUACCAUGAGUCGUCGUCGCGUUCCUCAUCGCAGUCCGACUCGCAGAGCGGCCGGAAAUCCUUCCGCAUCAUGCCCCCAUCAUUUCGCGACGUCCAAGUACAGGUUAUCACGCAUGACGAAGGCAACGACAACGACCCCAACUUUGUCGUCUACACGGCGACGGUCACGGCGACUUUCCUUAACCGCUUCAUGUUUCCACACAAGGCACCCAGGGGCCCAGCGGGAGAAGACGGCGACGCCGGAAUGGACAUCUCAUACACGCCGGUCAGUUUCUGGCCCAUUCUGGGCCUGAAGGAACGCCUCGCCAAGGCCCUAGGCAGGGAGAUCGCCGGCGACGCAAUAUACGACGAUCCAAACUACAUCGGUCUCUGGGGUCCCCUCAUCGAGCCGCAGCAGUCGCCGGUGUACCACCCAGUCAGCCUCAAGCGGAGGCGUACGGACCGGGAGCCGCUCUCGCAGGUGUUCAACAGUAGCUUUGAGGAGGAACCACCGAGCAGUUCGGAUGAUCGGCCCGUGCUCAGUCCCGCGGCUAAGAAGCGAAGGACAGCUCGGCGGGUCAACGGUAGUAGUACCUUGGAGGUAUGCUGAUGCUGGAUGGUAUGAUGAUGACAAAAAGGUUUGGCGUCCGGGUCUUGGUUUCCUUUUCUCCGCCGUUUGGGCGGCAGGCAGUUUAUGACUUCAUCGCGAGGCACGACGGGUCAAGUCACGGGAAAUGGUGCAUGGAAUGGGACAAUAUACCCCUUUCGCAGGACCG